AUGUCUAACCUAGAUGUGGAGGCCCUCCUGGACGCGACCGCCAACGGAGCGACAGACCCGAAGCCGACAGCAGACGCCGACGACCAGUCGAACCGAGACCGCUCCGAGAGAAAGGAGCGAGACCGCGAGCGCGAGCGCGACCACGACCGCCGACGCCGCGAGCGCCGCGACAGCGCCUCGCGCAGCCAUCGAGGCACCCCCGACGAUCACAAGGCAGACACGCCGCGGAGCGACGCAGGAAGCCACAAGAGUAGGCGACGAAGCAGAAGCCGAGAUGAUGACCGCCGUCACUCACGCCGUCACAGAGAUGGCGACUACUACCGCGGCAGCGGCGGCGGGCGCGGCGGCCGUUCGCGCUCCCGUUCGCGCUCGCCGCACAGGUCGCGCCGCGGCCGCGACGACCGCGACUACCGGGACCGUCGCGAACGGGACCGCGACCGCGACCGCUCCGACCGCUACUCUGGAGAUCAUCGUCGUGGCCGCGACGAUGACAGGCACACGCCGUCCAAGCGCGAGGGCACGCCGCCGCUUACCGAAGAUGAGCGCGAUCGGAGGACCGUUUUCGUCCAGCAGCUGGCCGCCCGCCUGCGCACUCGUGAGCUGAAGGAGUUUUUCGAGAAGGUCGGCCCCGUCAACGAAGCCCAGAUUGUCAAAGACCGCAUCAGCCAGAGAUCCAAGGGAGUUGGUUAUGUUGAAUUCAAAUCCGAAGACACUGUCACGCAGGCGCUCCAGCUCACCGGACAGAAGCUGCUAGGUAUCCCUAUCAUCGUUCAGCUUACCGAAGCCGAGAAGAACCGUCAGGUUCGCACGACGGAAGCAGCCGGUACACAGUCGAACUCGAUCCCCUUCCACCGCCUCUACGUCGGGAACAUUCACUUCAACGUGACGGAGCAGGACUUGCAGGCCGUUUUCGAGCCCUUCGGCGAGCUCGAGUUUGUCCAACUGCAGAAGGAUGACACUGGCCGCAGCCGCGGCUAUGGCUUUGUGCAGUACCGGGAUGCAGGCCAGGCUAGGGAGGCCCUCGAGAAGAUGAAUGGGUUCGACCUUGCCGGUCGUCCCAUCCGUGUCGGUCUCGGAAACGAUAAGUUCACCCCAGAGAGCACUGCCAACUUGUUGCAGAGAUUUUCCGGCCGCGAACAGCCCUUCCAGGGCUCCGCCUUUUCCGGCGCCGGUGGCCGUGGGCCCCAGAACUCGACGUUUGACCGCGCGGGCGGUCGCGACAGCGAAAAGUCGGGCGGCGCGAGUGCCCUUGACGACACGGAUGUCGCCGGUGUCAACUUUAACAACUACAGUCGUGAUGCCCUCAUGAGGAAGCUUGCCAGGACUGACGACGCGAGCAACGCCGUAGAUGAGCGCCAGACGCUGAAGCCCAAGACGGAGACUAAGCCUCUCCCGGUCAACGUGAACAUGGCCAGUCGUUGCGUCGUGCUGCACAACAUGUUUGAUCCCGAAGAGGAAGAGGGUGAGGACUGGGCCAAGGAGCUCGAAGAUGACGUGCGCCAGGAGGCCGAGAGCAAGUACGGCCGCGUCGUUCACAUCUCGGUAGACCCCAACUCCAAGGGCGACAUUUAUCUCAAGUUCGACAAGGUGCAGGGUGGAGAGAAUGCCAUCAAGGGAUUGAACGGCCGUUACUUUGGCGGCAGGAUGAUCGACGCGUCACCUGUUGUAGAUGCGGUCUACAGCAGUUUGUUCUCUCGCACCAGAGCGAUCUAAAAGCUAAUGUUCGCCACGUCAAGAUGCGGCUUUAGGACUCAUCAGUGUUCUAGUGCUCUUCCCUUGGUCUAUCUCUCGAUGACGACCACCACUUUCGAACGCCCCAGGCGAUAAACAGCCGCCUUUCGGAACCGGACGGUUGGGAGGAAAAUUGUUUUUGUGUUUCAUCUUGCGGCCCGUGGUAUCGGAUGUUCUGGUAUCAGCCUUCGAUCGCGCCCCGUCCCGACUGGCUCCCGCUACCUUUAAUCUAACAGGACUUUCACACCGACUCGACUCGACGUACAGGAUCUUGCAGCCCAGCGCUCAGAUGCUCAUGUUGCGGUUGUUCUGUGCGCGGCCACUCUAGGUUUCCGGUCUCGUAAAUCGAAGCGGUCUCUUGGCUGAUUGUGUGUAGCUUAGGUCAUAAAACACGCCGGCGCUGCUUUACGGCGUUUGUGGUAAUGUCUUUUUUUUUUUUUUUGCUCAAUGAAGGAAACAAAAAUUCUGUCAGAUCUUACACCU